AUGGGCCAACGGUCGAAAGACACGCUGGCCGUCCGGCCUCAGAGCCGCUCGGGCAAGCGCUCGCCCAGUCGCUCGCCGCGACCCAACAAUCGCAAGCCCGUACCCGCGAAGACCUCCAGCUAUGCGUCUGAUGGUGUGAAGGACUAUGACAUUUUGAAUCUCCCCGCCUCGGAUUACAAGCUGCUCACAUUGGUGACGCUGAUUGCCACGGCUGUUCGCCUGUUCCGCAUCUACCAGCCCACUAGCGUGGUUUUCGAUGAAGUCCACUUCGGUGGCUUCGCGACAAAGUAUAUUAAAGGAAAGUUCUUUAUGGAUGUGCACCCCCCGCUUGCCAAAUUGCUCAUCACGCUGGCUGGCUGGCUGGCCGGCUUCGAUGGCGAAUUCGACUUCAAGGAUAUUGGCAAGGACUAUAUUGAACCCGGUGUGCCGUAUGUGGCCAUGCGCAUGCUGCCGGCCAUUAUGGGUGUCCUGACCGUGUCCAUGAUGUUCCUGACUCUCAAGGCUACUGGCUGCCGUACUUCGACCGCUGUGAUGGGUGCUGGUGUUGUUAUCUUCGAUAAUGCGCUGACCACUCAAUCGCGCCUGAUUCUCUUGGACUCUCCAUUGAUCUUCUUCACUGCUCUUACGGCACUGUCGUUUAACUGUUUCUCGAACCAGCAAGAGUUGGGCCCGUCCCAUGCCUUCAAGGGACCUUGGUGGUUCUGGUUGGUUGCCAGCGGUCUGUCGCUGGGUGCUACUCUCAGUGUUAAGUGGGUUGGCCUUUUCACCAUGGCUUGGGUUGGAUCCCUCACCGUCCUCCAAUUGUGGGUGUUGCUUGGUGACUCGAAGACUGUUACACCGCGUAUUUGGUUCAAGCACUUUACUUCUCGUGUUUUCUGCUUGAUCGUCAUUCCUGUUGGAUUCUAUAUGGCCAUGUUCGCUGUUCACUUCAUGUGCUUGGUCAACCCCGGCGAGGGUGAUGGCUUCAUGUCUUCUGAAUUCCAGGCCACAUUGAACUCAAAGGGAAUGCAGGAUGUUGCCGCUGAUGUUGCAUUCGGUUCCCGAGUUAGCCUUCGUCACCAUAACACCCAGGGUGGCUACCUGCACUCUCACAACCACAUGUAUCCCACUGGCAGCAAGCAGCAGCAGGUCACUCUCUACCCCCACAAGGAUGAUAACAACGUUUUCAUCAUGGAGAACCAGACUCAGCCGCUAGGUCCUUACGGAGAGGUCGAUGGCCCAUACGCUUGGGAUAAUCUGACUACCAGCAACAUCGAAGAUGGAUCUGUCAUCCGCCUGUACCACCAGAUUACCCACCGUCGCAUUCAUUCUCACGAUGAGCGCCCCCCGGUGACCGAAGCUGACUGGCAGUUUGAGAUCUCUGCCUACGGGUACGAGGGUUUCCCCGGUGACGCCAACGAUCUAUUCAAGGUUGAGAUUGUCAAGUCUAUGUCCGACGGCGCGGAGGCUAAGAAGCACCUGCGAACUAUCCAAACCAAGUUCAAGCUGGUUCAUGUCAUGACUGGCUGUGUUCUGUUCUCUCACAAGGUCAAGCUUCCAGAAUGGGGCUGGGAGCAGCAGGAAGUCACAUGUGCUAAGGGAGGUACUCUUCCUAACAGCAUCUGGUACGUUGAGGACAACAACCACCCGGCAAUGCCCGCAGAUGCCGAAAAGGUCAACUACCGUAACCCGGGCUUCCUGGGUAAGUUCUGGGAGUUGCAAAAGGUGAUGUGGACCACCAAUGCCGGUCUCGUUGAGUCUCACGCUUGGGAUUCUCGCCCUCCUUCCUGGCCUACUCUUCUCCGUGGUAUCAACUUCUGGGGCGGCGACCACCGUCAGGUCUACCUCCUGGGUAACCCGCUCAUCUGGUGGUCUUCUACCCUGGCCAUUGCUAUCUACGUUGUCUUCAAGGGCAUUGCCCUCAUUCGCUGGCAGCGAAGCUGCAAUGACUACAACCAUGUCUCUUUCAAACGUUUCGACUACGAAGUCGGCACCAGUGUCCUUGGAUGGGCUUUCCACUACUUCCCCUUCUUCCUCAUGGCUCGUCAGCUCUUCAUGCACCACUACCUCCCUGCCCUCUACUUCGCUAUUUUGGUGUUCUGUCAACAAGUUGACUUUGUCACCAACCGUAUCAAGUGCCUUGGUCUCGCCUCGAAGCCGGCGAUUGGCAAGCUUCUUAUGACGGUGUUCCUGCUGCUCAGCAUUGCAGUAUUCACUCUUUACUCUCCGCUCGUCUACGGCAACCCCUGGACUCAGGGUGCUUGCGAGAAGGUGAAGCUUCUUAGCUCGUGGGAUUUCGAUUGCAAUACAUUCCACGCAGACUUGAGCCAAUAUGUCACCUCCAUCGACUCCCCCGUCGCCGUACCAACCACCCAGCCCGCCGCAGCUCCUCCCGUCAAGCAACAGCAGCCUAACGAGCCCGCCCAGGAGCAGUCGGAACCGGCGGCCGUGACUGAGCCCAAGAUGUCCGGCUCCAUGGCUCGCGUCGAGUACCGUGACCAGCACGGUAAUAUCCUGCCUGAGGAUCUUGUCGCCUCGCUCCGCGCAGAUGGUAAGGUCAAGUUCGAGACUCGCUACGAAUCCCUGGCCAGCCACGAGAAUGCCCAAGAGGUCCCUAUCGUCGAUGGAAAGCCCGUGUUCCCUGAGCCUCCGGCCCAGGCCCAGGCUCCUCCUCACCCGGAUGUCGAGGGCCAGAAUCCCGAGACUGAGGAUAACACCCGCUCCGCCGAGGAGUCCAAGGUCCCCCAGGCCAAGCCCGCGAGUGAAGGCAAUGAAGCUACUGCUGUUGAGUAA